UAUUGUACACGAGGUAUUUGCUAGAUGACCUCAUUCCAUCCUAACGACAGCUCUGAGAGCAAAUGUCCCCAUUCGUCAGAUGGGAACAAUAGACAAGGAGAGCUUGAGUGACGGGUCCAGGACCCCACAGCCAGCAGAGCUGGGACUCAGACCAGCUCCGUCUCAUUCCAGCGCCCUGUCUGCACCUCCUCCUCUACUGCUCCCAGGUGGUUGGUGUGAGCUGGCGGCACUGUCCUAGGGCGGUGGCAUCGUUUUCUCCUUAGCAUGGGCUGAGGGGUAGAAGCAGGCGGCCCUCUCCCUUCACUCAUCCUCGUGGAGGACCUAAAAUAUGGUUCUGCUGUGGGAAUGGGAAGGCAGGGGGUCCCUGCGGACAGCCCUGUUGGGGACAGUGAAAAGACCCAGUGCCCGUGCUGGGGGAGGUGCCUGGAGGCUGGGGUCUCUUUGACCUUCCUGAGACAUCCUCAUGCUUCUGCUCUACUGACCUCCUCUCCCUUCUGUGUCCUGGCAGGAAUGAGAGCACAGAGAGCCCUGAGACAGCCCCUGCUGGAGCACCUCCCGGGGAGCAGCCAGAUGUCAUCCCCGCCCAGGGCGACCUGCUGGGUGACCUCCUUAACCUGGACCUCGGCCCCCCAGUUAGCGGCCCACCCCUGGCCACCUCCUCGGUGCAGAUGGGAGCUGUGGACCUUCUUGGCGGUGGCCUUGACAGCCUGAUGGGGGAUGAGCCUGAAGGGAUUGGGGGCACCAACUUCGUGGCACCUACAACAGCAGCAGCACCAGCCAACCUUGGAGCACCCAUCGGCAGUGGCCUGAGUGACCUCUUUGACCUAACCAGUGGCGUGGGCACCCUGUCAGGAUCGUAUGUGGCCCCCAAAGCAGUCUGGCUCCCAGCCAUGAAGGCCAAGGGGCUAGAGAUCUCAGGCACCUUCACCCGCCAGGUGGCCUCCAUCUCCAUGGACCUGCAGCUGACCAACAAGGCCUUGCAGGUCAUGACUGACUUUGCCAUCCAGUUCAACCGCAACAGCUUUGGCCUGGCCCCCACCGCCUCCUUCCAGGUUCACACGCCACUCAGCCCCAACCAGACAGUGGAGAUCUCCCUGCCUGUCAGCAUGGUGGGCUCAGUCAUGAAGAUGGAGCCUCUGAACAACCUGCAGGUGGCCAUGAAGAACAACAUAGAUGUCUUCUACUUCAGCACCUUAUACCCACUGCACAUUCUCUUUGUGGAGGAUGGGAAGAUGGGUGAGUCAUGAGGGAGCCCCCUUGGGUGACUGAAAUGAGGCUGUGGCUUGGGAACCUGACAAGGUGGUGCCUUUACCAAGGCCCGGAUGGACUGCCUUGCCCAAAUUGGAGUCCAGGAGUUGCUCCUCCCUGCAGAGCCUGGAGUGAGGGGCAUACCCAGGACCCCCAGGGCCUUGGUGGCCAGCUCUGGUCUGACAGGUGGGCUGUGCCACAUGGAAUUUACCUCACUCCCAGGCACUCUUGCUCACUCCUCAGCCUUGUCCCACAGGCUGCAGAGAGCCUAGGUCAUGUCCCACGCCUGGUAACCCCCUCUGUGCCCUGGCUGGAACCCCCGAGAAGGGUGUUGAUCACAGCACACAGA